AUGCACAAUUAUUCCAUCAAGGCCGAUAGCGAUUCUGUUGGCACACCACAGAAAUGGCUGGCGGGCAUGUCCCUCGGUGAAUUGCCAUCUUGUGAAGCUCACAGCUUGCUCUUUAUAGUCGUGGACCUAGGACAAGCAUAG